ACGGUCAAUCUUGCCGAAAAGACGCUGACGAUGGUACCUCAUUCGAAGCUAAGGAACUCGAAUAUGGGCAAUUGGACAAGAGAAUUCAAAAACUGGAAGAGGAAAUGAAUAAACAACUCUCAGACGAUAUAACUUCUAAAGAAAUCGAAAAAUUACAUUCAAAAAUCGAAGAUCUGGAUAAGGAUAUGGAUAAUAUAAAAAAGGAAACCGAACUUUACAAAAACGACUUGCGGUCUUUCAAAAACGAACUAUAUUUUAUCGAAAAACGAGUAAAAAAUGUCGAUGAAGUAUGGAAAAAGGGGGAAUUUCUCAAAAAAAGGUCAAAUCUGUUGUUACCUCUUAAUUCAUAUUGAAGUAAUAUUAUUGUAUUGUAUCUGUGCCAAACUUUUUUUGUAAUAAUUUAUUACAGUUCAUCUUAUGUGUUAUGCUUUUAUUAUAAAAACUGAAAACAUUAAAAGGAUGUUGAAUGAUAAGUGACAUUAUAGGGAGAGAGAAAAAGAAAUGAAAACUAAGACAUGUUACUUUAAACUUUUAUUAUUUAAAAAAGUGUGAUAUUAUGCACUGCCAAUAAGUAGAUAUAUAAAAGUUUUAUGCCUAUCUACCGUAAUAUAAUUUUUAUGUAGAUAUAAUUUUAGUUGUGUUGAAUGUAAGAAUUUGUACAAUUA